UUUUCUGUUUAUAGAAGCUUUUUUAUUGAAUCAUAUGGAAAUAAUAUUGAAGAAAUUUCAUACAAUUUGAAAACACGUAAUUACAGUAGAAAAUUGCAUCGAUCUUUAUUACGAAAUAUUACGAGUAUUUCGACCGAUUGAUUUUCCCAUUACUAACCGAUGAUUCAGAGCGUGACGCGAUAGAAAUCUUUCCUGUUUAUUACUUUUAUCUUUAUCCUUGUUUACUAAGCAACUGGCAAAAUACCGACAAUGUUGUAAGAGUAUGUCCAACAUCCAUACAUGUAUGGAAAGAUGGGUUGCGUUCUAACUUGCAUAGUUUCUCUGUAUACGUGUACAUGUACAUGUGUGCCUAUGACGUUUCUACGUGUGUAACUUACCUACAAUGCCGUGUACCAGUUCCUCCCAAAACAGUAGAUUUUCCUUAAAGAAAACUCAAUGCUAGAUCUAAAAAACUUGGCCGACUUCGAUUAAAUGGAAACUUGUAGUAACAAGACGAUUAAUGGUAUAAUGAUUCAACGCAAGGCAACGAUAUGUGCUCGUAUGCUGCGAAACAUUUGACACGAUCAGUGUACAGUACGAUCUGUCACCUUCGUUCGAAAAUACAUCAAACGAAAAUGUCAGAAUUCAAAUCCGAAAGAAAGUCUUAUAUUUGCAGUGAGUGUAACAAACCGAAAGAAGAUAUUAGAUGGUCGUGUAAUAAUUUAAAAUGUUGUUGUAGUUGUAAACCAGAAAAGUACGAUUACAUCGAAGAUGUGGUGUGCAAGGAAUCGGAUAUCAAGGAAAAUGAAAUGAAAUUGUUACCUCUCGGAGAUGCUGGUGAUAAAAUCUUGUUGAUUAAACAGAAGGGCGAGUUGCAUGCUAUAGGUACAAAGUGUACACACUACGGAGCUCUCCUUCAUACGGGAGCAUUAGGGGAUGGAAGAGUAAGGUGUCCAUGGCACGGUGCAUGUUUCAACAUUAAAACAGGGGAUAUAGAAGAUUAUCCAGGCCUAGAUUCUUUGCCAUGUUACAAAGUGAACGUGGACGACAGUGGACUCGUACGCGUCAAAGCUGACCGUAAAGAGCUAGGUCUAAAUAGACGUGUAAAGAAAAUGUGCACACAAGACAAGAAUAAUCAAACUACCGUUGUAAUUGUUGGAGGAGGACCAGCUGGUGCAACUUGUGCCGAAUCUUUACGACAAGAGGACUUUACAGGAAAUAUAAUCAUGGUCUGUAAAGAGAAUGUAGUUCCAUACGACAGAGUGAAGGUAUCCAAAGUUUUGGAUUUCGACGUUGAACAAGCAGCUUUAAGGCCACAAUCGUUUUACAAGAACCAUAAUAUUGAGAUUAAACUGGGCAUAGAAGCUACAGGUUUGAACACGAGCGAAAAUAUAGUCCACUUAAGUAACAAUGAAAAACUCGCAUAUAAUUACUUAUUUAUUUGCACUGGAAGCAAACCCAGGAUACCUGAUAUACCCGGUGUUAAUUUAUCCAAUAUUUAUGCGUUACGAGAUUAUACCGAUUCCGGUGCCAUACAAUCGCAACUGUCGGUGAAAAAACACGUUGUAAUACUUGGAUUAGGAUUUAUUGGCAUGGAAGCAGCUGCUUAUUGCGUGGGUAAAUCCGCGUCAGUGACUAUAAUAGGAAGAGGCGCAGCCCCUCUACAAGCAGUUUUUGGUACAACGAUUGGUAACAGGGUUAAAGAAGAAUUCGAAGAAAAAGGUAUUAAGUUUCUGUUUGGGAAUAAUAUUACACAGUUCAUUGCAAAAGCGGAUGAGAAAAAUGAUGUAGGUUCAGUUCUGCUUACCGAUGGUACAGUACUUCCAGCUGAUAUAGUUAUUAUCGGAAUUGGGUGUACGUUUUAUACCGAUUGGAUAAAAGAUUCUUCCAUCCGAAUGUUAGAAGACGGUAGCAUAAUGGUCGAUAAGCAUUUAAGAACAAACGUGGAAAAUAUAUACGCGGGCGGUGACAUCGCGUACGCACCAUUGUUUGGUUCUGAUGCCAUUUCGGCCGCAGUGGGUCACUACCCCUUAGCACAUUACCAUGGGAAAAUAGCAGCAUUAAAUAUAUGUGAUAAAAAUGUACCAUUAAAUACGAUUCCGUUCUUCUGGACAACUUUAUUUGGCAAAAGUUAUCGGUAUGCAGGGUAUGGAAAGCCAGACAAAAUAAAGAUUUAUGGUUCUUUAGAAAAAUUGGAAUUUUUUGCAUAUUACAUUAAAGAUGGUAAAGUUAUUGGAAUGAGUAGCGUAGGAGCAGACCCUGUUGUCGCAGAUUUUGCAAAUUUCUUACACGAAGGAAAAUCAUUAACAGAGACAAUAAUUAAUAAAAAUCCACUUGGUUGGAUAAGAAACAAACCCAAGGGUUUAGUUGAACGCUUCCAAAACGAAAUUACAACAGAUCCAUAA